CAUUUAACAGACGGACGCAUUUAAGAGACGGACCAAAACAAGGAAUGGCGGAAAAUGAGAAUAGUUUGUGUGUUGUGUUCCUUUAACGUUAAUACCCCGCGGUGUUGACGUUAGCUUGUUUAAUCGUAUGUUUGAAUGAACACCGGGUCUGAUGCUAAGCUAAAGAAGCCAGAGAUGUGGAGAAAAGGCUCGUCUGAGGGCUCCGACCGGUUUGAAUAUCUCCAAACUCUGGUCACUGAGUUUCAGGACACCGACAGUGAAGAGGCAAAGGAGCAAGUGCUGGCUAACCUGGCCAACUUUGCGUACGACCCAAAGAACAUGGAGUAUCUGAGGGAGCUGCAAGUGACCGACCUCUUCUUGGACAUGCUCACUGAGGAGAAUGACAACUUUGUGGAGUUCGGGAUGGGGGGGCUGUGUAACCUGAGUAUGGACCCUGAAUGCCGAGACAUUAUCCUGCAGAGCAACGGGAUCAGCUUGGUCACAAAUUGUCUGUCGAGCCAGAGGGAGGAGACUGUCCUGUCGGCCAUCACAACACUAAUGAACCUCACGACGCCCUCGUCCCGCUCUGAGAUCACUGUUCCGGCCAUCCUGCAGUGCAUGCUGCGCUUCUCCCUCUCAGAGAGCCCCCGCCUGCGCAACCUGGCUGCUGUGUUUCUGCAGGACUGCUGCACCGAGGAGCAGGUGGCCCGAGCGGAGCAGCAGAUGCAGGGACAGCAGACUGCAGUCGGCAUCCCGCUGCCCAAAGACUAAGUUACAGCUGGCAUAUGUGGGAGUAGGCCUGUCGCGAUAGUCAAUAAAUCGAGUUAUCGCACGAUA